GACCACCUCUACAUCUUCAGUAAUGAACCUGGACCCUCAGACACAAAAAAGAAGAGCAAAACUCCUGUUUCUGUGGAGGAGCAGCGGUCCAGCUGUGCUUUGUGUCAGGACGUCCUGAAGGAUCCAGUCUCUACCAGCUGUGCACACACAGAUAGAGGUCUGCAGGAGGUUUUAGAUGAACAUAGGAUCAGUCUGAAGAGGAGAUGUGAACGUGUGACUGAAGGAAGUGAAGAAACAGUGAGUAAAACCCUCCUCAACAGGAUCUACACUGAGCUCUACAUCACAGAGGGACUGAGUGAAGAGGUUAAUACUCAACAUGAGGUGAAGCAGCUUGAGACAGCUUCCAAGAAAAAGAUCCUCCGUGACGCUCCCAUCAAGUGCCACGACAUCUUUAAAGCCUCACCUGACCAACAGGUACACAUCAGAGUCGCUCUGACGGUCGGCGUCGCUGGCGUUGGAAAAACCUUCUCCGUGCAGAAGUUCACUCUGGACUGGGCAGAGGGUUUGGAAAACCAAGAUGUCAGUCUGGUGAUUCCGCUUUCCUUCAGGGAGCUGAACUUGAUCAAAGCUGAGCAGUACAGUCUUCUCAGGCUGCUCCAUGUUUUCCAUCCAACCUUACAGAAGGUCACAGCAGAGACGCUCGCUGUCUGUAGCGUUUUGUUCAUCUUUGACGGCCUGGAUGAAAGCAGACCUUCACUGGAUUUCCACAACAAUGAGGUUGUGUCUGAUGUCACACAGCAGUCAUCAGUCAACGUGCUGUUGACAAACCUCAUCAGCGGGAAUCUGCUUCCCUCGGCUCUCGUCUGGAUAACUUCCCGACCUGCAGCAACCAAUCAGAUCCCUCCUGCACGUGUGGACAGGGUAACAGAAGUACGAGGCUUCACUGACGUCCAGAAGGAGGAGUACUUCAGGAGGAGAUUCAGUGAUGAAGAACGGUCCGGCAGAAUCAUCUCUCACAUCAAGACAUCCAGGAGCCUCCACAUCAUGUGUCUGAUCCCCGUCUUCUGCUGGAUCACUGCUACAGUUCUGGACCACAUGUUGACUACAGACCAGAGAGGAGAGCUGCCCCAGACCCUCACUGACAUGUACUCACACUUCCUGCUGGUUCAGACCAAGAGGAAGAAGCAGAAGUAUGAUGAGGGACAUGAGACGAGUCCACGGGAGCUGACGAAGGCUGACGGGAAACUUCUUCUGAAGCUGGGGAGGCUGGCGUUUGAACAUCUGGAGAAAGGAAACAUCAUGUUCUACCAAGAAGACCUGGAGCAGUGUGGUCUUGAUGCCACGGAGGCCUUGGUGUACUCAGGAGUUUGUACAGAGAUCUUCAAAAGAGAGAGUGUGAUCUUCCAGAAAACAGUCUACUGCUUUGUUCAUCUGAGCAUUCAGGAGUUUCUGGCUGCAGUCUACCUGUUCCACUGUUACAGCAAGAGGAACACAGAGGUACUGGAGGACUUCCUGGGGAAACACUGGGAGAAUGACUUCCUGGGGGAUCACUGGGAGAAUGACUCAUCCCUGGAUGUCUUCCUGUCUGAAGCCAUGAAGAAAUCCCUCACAAGUAAGAAUGGCCACCUGGAUCUGUUUGUCCGCUUUCUCCACGGCCUCUCUCUGGAGUCCAACCAGAGACUCUUAGGAGGCCUGCUGGGUCAGACACACAACAGUCUACAAAUGAUCCAGAGAGCCAUCAACACCCUGAAGAAGAUGAGGAGUAACACUAUCUCUGCUGACAGAAUGAUCAACAUCUUCCACUGUCUGACAGAGAUGAAGGACCUCUCAGUACAUCAGGAGAUCCAAGAGUUCCUGCAGUCAGAGAACAGAUCAGAGAAGGAACUCUCUGAUAUCCAGUGCUCAGCUCUGGCUCACAUGCUGCAGAUGUCAGAGGAGGUUCUGGAUGAGUUGGACCUGGAGAAGUACAACACGUCACGGGAGGGACGACGGAGACUGAUUCCAGCUGUGAGGAACUGCAGAAAGGCUGUACUUUAUGGAUGUAACAUCUCAGACACUGAUUGUGAAGUCGUGGCCUCAGCUCUGAAGUCCAACCCCUCCCACCUGAGAGAGCUGCACCUGUAUAUAACAUCACUGAAGGAUUCAGCAGUGAAGCCGCUGUCUGCUGGACUGCAGAGUCCAAACUGUAGACUGGAGACGCUGAGAUUGGGGGGCUACAGUCUGUCAGAGUUCAGCUGUGCUUCUCUGGUCUCAGCUCUGAAGUCCAACCCCCCCCAUCUGAGAGAGCUGGACCUGAGGGACACCGAGCUGCAGGAUUCAUCAGUGAAGCUGCUGUGUGACCUUCUGGAGAGUCCAGACUGCAGACUGGAGGCUCUCAGAUAAUAAAGUAGAAGCUGAUGUUAUGAUGAGCACAAUAACAGAAUGACAGCGUCACUCCAAUUCAUGGAUUAGGACGUAGUAAUGUUGAGCCACACAUUUAAACCUGAACACAUCUGAUUGGAUUAUAAAUGGAUUUGUAUCCACAUCAUGUUUUC